CGCCUCGCCGGGGAUCGCCGCGGCGGCGCUCUCGGGAACGACGCUGGGCACCUGGCUCUCUCCUCCUCGCGCUCUGCCCUCUCCGAGGAAAAGCUCGCGACAAAACCAGGAAAUCGAUGACCCUUACCCGCCGCGGACUGGAGGAAAGGGGAGGAAAACCGAAAGCUGCCGCUCGGGAGCCGCGGGCAGCCGCGCCAGGCCGGACGCGGAGAGCCGCCGCCCGCGAAGGCGCCGGGCCCGGCCCUUAGGGAGGCGCGUCCCGGUGGCCCAGCUGGGAGCGGCGCGGGGCACUUCUCCGCCCACGGCCGCGGCGCGCUUUCCUCCUUGCACGCCCUGCGGCCUCGGCGCGGGAGAAAGCGGAGCCCGACGAGCAGGCGCGCGCAGCGGGCACCAUGGGCCGUCGGGGCGCGCUGGCCCUCGCCGUGGUCUCGGCCCUGCUGUGUCAGGUCUGGAGCUCGGGGGUGUUCGAGCUGAAGCUGCAGGAGUUCGUCAACAGGAAGGGUCUGCUGGGGAACCGCAGCUGCUGCCGCGGGGGCGCCGGGCCCCCGCCGUGCGCCUGCAGGACCUUCUUCCGCGUGUGCCUCAAGCACUACCAGGCCAGCGUGUCCCCCGAGCCGCCCUGCACCUACGGCAGCGCCGUCACGCCGGUGCUGGGCGUCGACUCCUUCAGCCUGCCCGACGGCGCGGGCGCCGACCCCGCCUUCAGCAACCCCCUCCGCUUCCCCUUCGGCUUCACCUGGCCGGGCACCUUCUCUCUGAUCAUUGAAGCUCUCCACACAGAUUCCCCGGAUGACCUUGCAACAGAAAAUCCGGAAAGGCUCAUCAGCCGCCUGGCCACCCAGAGGCACCUGACCGUGGGCGAGGAGUGGUCCCAGGACCUGCACAGCAGCGGCCGGGCGGACCUCAAGUACUCCUACCGCUUUGUGUGCGACGAGCAUUACUACGGAGAAGGCUGCUCCGUCUUCUGCCGCCCGCGGGACGACGCCUUCGGCCACUUCACCUGCGGGGAGCGCGGGGAGAAAGUGUGCAACCCGGGCUGGAAAGGCCCCUACUGCACUGAACCAAUCUGCUUGCCGGGGUGUGACGAGCAGCACGGGUUUUGUGACAAGCCAGGGGAAUGCAAGUGCAGAGUGGGCUGGCAGGGCAGGUACUGCGACGAGUGCAUCCGGUACCCUGGCUGUCUCCACGGCACCUGCCAGCAGCCCUGGCAGUGCAACUGCCAGGAAGGCUGGGGGGGCCUUUUCUGCAACCAGGACCUGAACUACUGCACACACCACAAGCCCUGCAAGAACGGGGCCACCUGCACCAACACAGGCCAGGGGAGCUACACCUGCUCUUGUCGACCUGGGUACACAGGUGCCACCUGCGAGCUGGAGAUCGACGAGUGUGACACCAGCCCUUGCAAGAGUGGGGGGAGCUGCACGGAUCUUGAGAACAGCUAUUCCUGUACCUGCCCACCUGGCUUCUACGGCAAAAUCUGCGAGCUCAGUGCCAUGACCUGUGCCGACGGCCCUUGCUUCAACGGGGGCCGGUGCUCAGACAGCCCCGACGGGGGGUACACCUGCCGCUGCCCCGUGGGCUACUCUGGCUUCAACUGUGAAAAGAAAAUUGAUUACUGCAGCUCUUCACCCUGCUCUAAUGGCGCCAAGUGUGUGGACCUCGGGGACGCUUACGUGUGCCGCUGCCAGGCCGGCUUCUCCGGGAGGCACUGUGACGACAACGUGGACGACUGUGCCUCCUCCCCGUGUGCCAACGGGGGCACCUGCCGGGACGGCGUGAACGACUACUCCUGCACCUGCCCCCCCGGCUACACGGGCAGGAACUGCAGCGCCCCCGUCAGCAGGUGCGAGCACGCGCCCUGCCACAACGGAGCCACCUGCCACGAGAGGGGCCGCCGCUACGUGUGCGAGUGCGCCCGCGGCUACGGCGGCCCCAACUGCCAGUUCCUGCUCCCCGAGCCGCCCCCGGGCCCCGUCGUGGUGGACCUCACCGAGAAGCUGGAGGCCCGGGCCGGGCCGUUCCCCUGGGUGGCCGUGUGCGCCGGCGCCGUGCUGGUGCUCGUGCUGCUGCUGGGCUGCGCCGCCGUGGGCGUCUGUGUCCGGCUGAGGCUGCAGAAGCGCCGGCCGCCCGCGGACCCCUGCCGGGGGGAGACGGAAACCAUGAACAACCUGGCCAACUGCCAGCGCGAGAAGGACAUCUCGGUCAGCGUCAUCGGCGCCACGCAGAUCAAGAACACCAACAAGAAGGCAGACUUCGGCGGGGACCACGGUGCCGACAGGAGCGGCUUCAAGGCCCGCUACCCCGCGGUGGACUAUAACCUCGUGCAGGACCUCAAGAGCGAGGAGGCCUCAGUCAGGGACGCGCACGGCAAGCGCGACGCCAAGGGCCAGCCCCAGAGCUCCUCGGGGGAGGACAAGGGGACCCCGACCACACUCAGGGGCGGAGAAGCAUCCGAGAGGAGGAGGCCGGACCCCGUCUGCUCCGCCCCGGCAGACACCAAGUACCAGUCUGUGUACGUCCUGUCCGAGGGCAAGGACGAGUGCGUCAUAGCAACUGAGGUGUAACACGGAAGUGACACGGCAAAUUCCCGUUUCUCUUAAAUAAAUAAAAUUCCAAGGAUAUGUGCCCCAACGAAUGCUGCUGAGAGAGGAAAGGAGACCCUCCGUGGACUGCUGCUGAGACACUGAAUUCAGACCGAGCUGGUUCUCUUCCUGAAGUCAGCGAAGGCGUUGGCCGGCGGGGGCUCGGGGGCUCGGGCCGCCGCCGCACGGCCCUUCGCGGCGUCUCCAUUGCACUAUGGACAGUUGCUGUUAGAAGAAUAUAUAUUUAAGUGAGUGGACUUGAGUACGCGUGAGCGCAUGCACUGCCUGGAGAGUGUUCCGGAUUCUCGUGAGCCAGUCUUGUCUUGAGUUAGAAACACAGACACUGCCUUUAUCGUCCUUUUUGAUACAGAAAUGCGUUUUUUCUAGAUGAAAAAAAUGUGUUAUUUUUUGGAUUUGUAAAAAUAUUUUUCAUGAUAUCUGUAAAGCUUGAGUAUUUUGUGAUGUUCAUUUUUUUAUAAUUUAAAUUUUGGUAAAUAUGUACAAAGGCACUUCGGGUCUAUGUGACUAUAUUUUUUUGUAUAUAGAUGUAUUUAUGGAAUAUUGUGCAAAUGUUAUUUGAGUUUUUUACUGUUUUGUUAACGAAGAAAUUUCCUUUUAAAGUAUUUUUCCAGAAUAAAUUUUAUGAAUGA